AUGGACGAGUGGGGGCUGGUGUGCUGGGCGUCGGUGCUGGGGGCCGCCGCUUUGGCCUGGCGGCUGCUGCUGCUGAUAAUGACAUCGUCGCCGCGGGCGCCGCGUUUGCUGCCCGUCGGCGACAAAGUCGUGGUCAUCACAGGCUGCGACUCAGGCUUCGGGAAGGCGACGGCCCGCCACCUGGACUCGCUGGGCUUCCGCGUCUUCGCCACGGUUCUGGACGCCGACGGCGAGGGCGCCCUCGAGCUGCGGCGGACGUGCUCGGAACGACUGGCGCUGCUGCAGCUGGACAUCACGCAGCCGGAGCAGGUGCGGCGGGCGCUGGCCCAGGUCGGGGCGCAGCUAGGACCCCGAGGUCUGUGGGCUGUGGUGAACAACGCGGGCGUGUGCGUGAACUUCGGCGACAUCGAGCUGUCUCAGAUGUCCAACUUCCGCGGCUGCAUGGAGGUCAACUUCUUCGGAACGCUGGACGUCACCAAAACCUUCCUGCCGCUGCUGCGACGCCACAAAGGGCGACUGGUCACCGUCUCCAGUCCGGCCGGCGACCAACCCUUCCCCUGCUUGGCGGCGUACGGCGCGUCCAAAGCUGCGCUCAACCUUUUCAUGGACACGCUGAGACAGGAGCUGGCGCCGUGGGGGGUGCACGUCUCCACCAUAUUACCUUCCUCCUACAAGACUGGUCGCUGCUCCGACGCGGCCUACUGGGAGGCGCGACACCGGGAGCUGCUGGCUUCUCUUCCUCCGGAGCUCCUGGACGACUUUGGCAUCGACUACGUGGGCGAGACCAAGGAGCUUUUCCAGUGCUUCGCCCGCCACGCCAACCCGGACCUCAGCCCAGUGGUGGACGCCAUGGAGCGGGCGCUGCUGGAGCCUAGGCCGCAGGCGCGCUAUUUCGCCGGGCCCGGCGUGGGCCUUAUGUACCUGGUCAGCGCUUACUUCCCGGCGCCCCUCCGCAACAGAUUCCUAGAAAGUCUCUUUGUCAAGAAGAGGUUGGCACCUCGGGCACUCAGGGAAGAAUCCGUCGGUGUCCGCCGCUGCCACGACGACAACAACAAUCGCGAAGCGAGCAAGGUCAAGUAG